AUGGUGUUUUUUAAAGUCGCAGACAUGGAAGAGCCAAAGUACGAUUUAACACGUCCAUUCCCGGACCUUGAAGUCCUCUUUAAGUACAAAUUUCUUAACACCCCCGACAAGUCGAUCAUGGGAACGAAAGUGACCCACCCUCCGAACGCUUCAACGCCACCCUAUACCCAUGCCGGAGCAUUCGUGGCGGUACACGUCCUCACAGGAAGCGUUCUCAACAAGAUGAACGACAAUCCGAUGAUAGUUUUUACGAGGCUCCAGGAUGCAUGCAGACAUCGUAUUAACGAUAAUGCCUGCAAGACUGAGGAAGCGAGCCUGUUUGUCACGAUGGUAAUGGAUACAGGAAAGAUGGAGGCAAUUCUGGAAAAAGAUGGCGUAGCGGGGCUUGUUGUAAUUGAUGAGGAAUACAGGCAGGAAGUGAUGGCACAGAUAAUGAAGUUGCAGGCUGAACAACAGGGGUCCUGA